GUAGCCUCGUGCUGAGCUCCCUAACUCAAACUGCGUCAAGGCUUUAUAGGUCCUGGAAUACUUUUUAGAUGACAGCACAAUUCCUUGUACACCUGCUCAACGCAGUGAAGAAGUGGCUUUCACAGCUUGCACGACGCUCUGCGAGUUCAUUUUCGCUUUUUUUGUCUUUACUCUGCCGAUUUGUUUCUGAUCGCCUAAAGCUCAGUGCAUGUGGUCAGAGAUUGUUUGCUGGGAUACGUCUUUCCAGCGAGGCUCUACUGCGCUCCCAAGAGAACAUCGCAAGACAGGAUGCACCCAUUUGCCGGAGUUCUCUGCCUCUACCUUCUUCGGAUGGUCCUCGUUCAAGAAUCCAUUUACAACACCUGCGAAAAAAUACAGCGAUACCUUUGUCGCAGAUUAAUACAACAAUACGGAAUGGGGGUACUGCAGAGAUAGAGAGGAGUUCUAUAUCAAGUUUCCACACAGGGGAGAGCUCGGGGAGCAACAUGAGUUGGCCGUCACCCAAUGGCGACCCAUUAGAGCGGUCUGGCAGCCCAGGCCCAUCACGUCCUUUAGGCUAUGGAUUGUGGGAGUCACAUUCACGAUCGCAGAUAUCCACAAAUGAUGCUCGUUCUCUGGUUGCUGCAAGGCCCACGGCCUCCACGAUGCAUCCCGCGCUUGGCAUGACUCCUUCCAAAUAUAGUCUUACACCAUAAUUUACUGGAUUACGACCGCACAAGGGACAUGUUUAUCGUCUUUCGGAAGAUGUCCAUAAUUCCAUGGCGCGACAACCUGCACCACCAGAUCUUGCUGCCGGUCAUGUUUAUUACGCUGCUCCGCCCGGUAGCAACAAGAUGCCGGGCUCAGAGAUUGAGGUCCAUCAGCGUAUACUCCCAGGAAUAUUUCCUAUGGUUGCGGAAGGAGUCUUGAGGUAUGACAGGUGCAUUCCCCGGUGAAGAUGAGCCUUUUGUCCUACUUGUACUC